AUGUCAGUCGCGUCGAUCCCACCUAGCACGAACCGUUCCCCAGACGUGGGAGGUGCGGAAAGCCUCCCAAUCCGAACCGCCAAGUUCCCGACAAAGUAUCGCCGCAACACGCCUCGCUCUAAAAACGGCUGUUUGUCAUGUCGCGCGCGGCGGAGAAAGUGCGACGAGGUCAAGCCGAGCUGCACGUCUUGCAGCCGCAGUGGGCGGGAGUGCUCAUGGCCUGUCAACGAGAAUAACGACAACGAGAACACAUCCCGGACUAGAAGCGACUUGAAAGAGCACUUGUCAAGUUCAUCGGAUGAUUCAAGCCCUCAGCCAAAGGAGCUUACUGGCAUGGACCACUCUGAAGCAGUGAUCCUCGCUCAAUCAGUCGUCGCAGAAGGCCGAUCAGCCAAUGCGCUCUUUCUACGCGCUUCUCUUACCCCUGGGAUCCUGUCAAAUCUGAGUGACACCUCCCGCCAACUAUAUGAACAGUACCUUUCCAACACGGCGGAUAUCUUAGCACGAGGCCCAAGUGCCGAUGGGAACCCGUUCAUCAACUACGUACUUCCCUUGGCACUGUCGGACGGGCUCAUUAUGGACUGCAUCCUCGGCAUCGGCGGGGCCCACAUGGUUGCCCUUGAUCCUAGUGCCCGACAUGUGGAGGUGGCCACCCGCGGCCACUACGCACGUGUCUUGUCCGGGCUGCAGAAGGUUCUCGCCAAUGAAGUCACGCCUUACUUUGGGAGCGGCAAGGAAGAGAAGGCCCAGUAUGUGUUGCUGAUACUUCUUCUGCUUUGUGUCUAUGAGCAUACACAAGGAGAUAUAAACGGCUCAGUGUUCCAUCACAUCAAAGCCAGCCGCCAUUACGUUCUCAGCCUCACAAAGAACGGGCCAAAUCCAAGUUCUGACAGGCUGGGUCACAUCAGAGGCUUCCUGCUGGAGAUCUACUCAUUCAUGGCAUUGAAACUGGCAAUUACGCCACGAGGCGCAAUGGAAGACCAUCCCAUUAUGCUGGAUCCCUUCCUAGAAUCUUUGAGCUUCCUCGGCGAGUACAAGUCCUGCGGUUUUAUGCUCGGCUUCGGACACGGGCUGUUUGAGAUGAUACCCGAGAUAGCCAGUCUGGUCGAGAAACGGCGCUUGGAGGAGCUCAACAACGCCAAAGCUGAAGCGUCGUAUGCUGCCUAUCAGGACCUCGUGGAACGCUUAGAAGGCUGGGAUGCGUUCUCUGAUGUUCUCACCGGCGAGGGUUCAAGUCCGCGAUACCAACAAGGUCCAGCCGUCGCCAUCUAUCGUACCGCCCUGAUCGUAUAUCUUCACUCUGCAUUUCAUGAAGACUUGCAUGAGCGCGAGGACCUCUGCGCUGAAAUCGAUUUGCACAUAGACAAGGUUUUGCCACUGAUGUGGGCAGUGUACUCAAGCGCCGCGCCGUUUCGCAGGAUGAUGCUCUGGCCGGCGUGUAUUCUGGCUUCGUUUUGCAGGCGACCGCAGCUUGCUGACGGCUUCAGGAUGGGGCUGAACUGCAACACGCGGGCGCCGGGUGGGGUGAAGGUGGCGGCCAAGGCGAUGGAGAUGCUGUGGGCGGAUCCAGAUCCUCGUGCGUAUGGGCCGCGCGGGCUGAGUAUGGUGAUGAAGAAACAUGGGCUUAGCUUUAGUAUGGGCUGA